AUGCCUAACGACGACUCAUUCAGCAAGCCGUCUACACCGACGGAGGACCCGCACGCUCCGGGGGCCCCGCCGCAGGGCAAAGCCGGCGGCUACAGCAAAUCGGCCGGGGCGAUGGCGGGAGCGGCCGGAGGCUCCGGCGCAGGGGGCAGCGGAGGCGCCUCGGGCUCCGGGCCGUCGGGCCUGGGUUCUGGAAACAAGAAGUCCCCGAGGCUGCCCAAGUGCGCUCGCUGCAGGAACCACGGCUAUGCGUCGCCGCUCAAGGGCCACAAGCGCUUCUGCAUGUGGCGGGACUGCCAGUGCAAGAAGUGCAGCCUGAUUGCGGAGCGACAGCGCGUGAUGGCCGCGCAGGUGGCCCUGAGAAGACAGCAGGCCCAGGAAGAAGAACUGGGCAUCAGCCACCCCAUCCCGCUGCCCAGUGCAGCUGAGCUGCUCGUUAAGAGAGAGAAUAAUGCCAGCAACCCGUGCCUGAUGGCUGAGACCAGCAGCUCUGCCCAGCCUCCGCCAGCCAAUACUCCCACCUCUGCUGCCUCAGAGGGACGCAUGGUCAUCCAGGAUAUUCCUGCUAUCACCAGCAGAGGGCAUGCGGAGAACGCACCGGACCUGGUGUCAGACCCCGCCUACUACAGCAGCUUUUACCAGCCAUCUCUGUUUCCUUACUACAACAACCUGUACAACUACCCGCAGUACUCGAUGGCCCUGUCUGCUGAGUCCUCCUCUGGGGAGGUGGGAAAUCCCCUUGGGGGAUCUCCUGUGAAGAACAGCCUGCGGAGUCUGCCAGCACCUUACGUGCCCGCGCAGACUGGAAACCAGUGGCAGAUGAAGAGCGCGGAGAGCCGUCACCCGGUGAGCUCCCAGUACAGGAUGCACUCAUACUAUGGGCCUCCCUCCUACCUGGGCCAGAGCGUGUCCCAGAUCUUCACCUUUGAGGACGGCCCCUCCUACUCAGAAGCCAAAGCAAGUGUGUUCUCGCCGCCCAGCAGUCAAGAUUCUGGCUUGGUUUCCCUCUCCAGCAGCUCUCCAAUGAGCAACGAGAGCACGAAGGGAGUUCUGGACUGCGAGUCUGGACCUUCUGAGCCUAGCAGCUACCCAGUCAACCAGGUCCUGGAUGACGACGAGGACGAGUGA